GGUCUCCGGCGAACUUCUCGGCACCAUUUUGCCGGUGGUGAUACGGCUUGGGAAGAACGAAACUUAGGAAGAUAUGCUACGAGUGAAACACGUUUCGUAGAGACCAUGGAAGACGUGUGUAAAAAGAAUGCAUUAAAAGAGACGGUCCAAUUCAGUGGUUUGUCAGAUCUGGAAUCUAAGUGCGCCUUCCUUGUCGAGGAGCACGAAGAAACCAUUGAAGAAUAUUACUACAAGCAUCAGUCGUCUAAUAUGACAACUUGGCUGUGUGAAUCGCGCCUGAAAUUGUGCUGCCCUGCAGGACAAUACGGCAAAGAAUGUUCGAAGUGCCCAGGUCUAGAGCAGUCAGGAAUGGCUUGUUACGGUCAUGGGAAAUGUGAUGGUGACGGGAGCAGACAAGGAAGUGGAAAAUGCAAAUGUGAUAUUGGUUACUCCGGAAAUAUGUGUAGGCAGUGCGCUCCCGACUACUUCGAGAAGGCGAAGACGAGCAAUUCUGUGGAAUGUGAA